AUGGCGGAGAAGGUGGACGAAACGAUAGCGGAUAUGACCACGGCCGGAGCGUUCGGGACGGACAUCCAGCUCGUUUCGUUCGAACUGGAGCGACUUCACACCGAGCUGGAUCAGUUCGCGUCGUGCGUCCUGUACGGCACGGCCACCGUCAACGACAGCGACGGUCGACGCCACGAUCAUCGGCUUGUGUUCAAGUACAAGCACCCGACACUCGAAAAACGGAUAUUCUACAAUAACGACAGUCAGUUCCACAACGAGACGCUGUUCUACGAACGUAUAGCUCCGUUCCUGUUGGCUAGCCGCGGCUCGCAGCGGAACGGAAACGUGACCGCUACACCGACCCUCUGCCGUUACGUUUACGGGCGCAAUGAUUGCGAAGAACAGGCACACCGGGACGUGAUCGUCUUGGAAAACGAAUCCGUCCGUGGAUAUCGGACGGCGGUGACUAGCCACAGGUUGUCUUUAGAUUUUGACCAUCUGAUCGUUGCACUCCGGACUCUGGCAAAAUUUCACGGGCUUUCCUACAUGGCAAAGCACGAGGACUCAGUGAAGUUCAAAGAAAUAGUUGCUGAUGUGAAAGAGACUCAAUGGUCCAAAGACGGUGAGUGGUUUUUCCAUCCCAGCGUACUCCAGGGAUUAUUUUUGGUACCCUUGGACAAGCUAAAAGAACGUCACGUUGUGGCUGGUGGCAGUGGUGACAACGAAGUGGAAUUGAUUAGCCGGUUCCAGACAGAACUGUUGACUGAUGCUAUGCAAUCGUUGAGACGCAUAGUCGUUCCCGUCGAACCAAUGGCCGUAUUGUGCCAUGGUGACUUCAAUCGGAACAAUCUACUGUUCCGGUACGACGACGGUGGCCGCCCGGUGGACGCGCUGGCGUACGACAUGGCCACUAUCCGGUACGGGUCGCCGGUAAUAGACCUGUCGUUCUUCCUGUACAUGAACGCGGAUCGCCGGACCCUGGACGAUCAUUGGGACACGUUGCUGGAUGUGUACUGCUCUACGCUGGCCGCGGUUGCGGGUGACGUCCCGGUGCCGGGCCGUGAUCAGCUGGACUCCGAAAUACGAGAAUAUGGGUUCUACGGUCUGGUGCACGUGUCGUACUUCGCAGGCAUAAUGUUGGAGGAAAAUACUCAGGUGGGUUGGGAAGAGUUCUUUGAUGCCGAUGAAUUCAAGAUGUUGAGUUUGUUGCUCAGAAAUGGUGGUGAACCGGCCACCGAAUGGUUCGCCGACGCCGUUCAACACUUUAUCCACUGCAAGUACGCCAGGGCACCCGCUUCCACCAUCGUCGCCAAUGAAGAUUGCAUACCGGAUGAAAUAUAA